CAUGUGUAGCUUUUAAGCAUCAAAUCGGUUCUCUGGCUGUGAGGUGUGAAGUAAUUAAGGGUGCUGGGGAAAGGAACGGUUGGUGUGGAGUGGGGCGCUAAGAUAAGCGCGAUAAGCAGCUCUGAAUUUCUCCCGCACAAGAACUCGCCCUUGUGUACGAUUCGGUUAUAUCGUCAGUGACACAACCAUGGCGCCUAUAAAGAAGCGCACAACGGCACGAGCAAAGUCCGCGCGCGCAGCCCAUUCAGUGCCAGCCGCACUCCCCAUGCCAGAUGGUUUCGAGGGUGCAUUUGCCUCGAAGAAAGACAAGCAGAAGAUUAAACACUCGUCAUUUGUCAGCAAGAUCGAGAAGGCAGCAGCGAAGUCACAAAAGCGGCGGCGACCGAACAAGAAGCUCGUAGCGAACCUCGAAUCACUCGCCGACGCGCUGCCAGGGCUUGGAGACGGAAGAGCAGAUGAGGUAGAAGUAGGCCAGGCUAAGAUUCAGCGCAAGAGCUUGAAGUCAAGACCAGGGGCUACAAAGCGGAAGGAGAAGCUGGUGAAGACGGAGAUGGACCGCUUCAACAAGAACUUGGCGCAGCUGGCAGGAAGCAGUACAGGGUCUGGGGUGCAGGAUAGGUGGGCAGCACUGAAAAGCCAUGUGCAGAACACCAUGGAGGUCAAGCCUGAGUUUGCUCAGAAAUGAGGGCUCAUAAUGAUCGAGAGGAACACAAUGAUAC